AUGAGUGUUUCUUUCUUAAAAAAAGCAGCUGAGAUUCAUGAUAUGGUUGCAUAUUUCCCAACAGUGGUUAAGAUUCAAGAUGUGGACAUGCAUUUCGCAUCAAUGCAUUCUAUCUAUCUAUCUAUCUAUCUAUCUAUCUAUCUAUCUAUCUAUCUAUCUAUCUAUCUAUCAAAUUCUGUUCAUUCUCUUUAUCUCUUUCUAUCAAUUUAUCUUUGUUCAUAUCUAUCUGUCAAUCUCAUUCUGUUCAUUAUGUCUCCUCCUCCCCUCUCAAUCAAUCUGUCACUCAUCUCUAUCUAUCUAUCUAUCUAUCUAUCUAUCUCUCUAAUUCUCACUCUGUUCAUAUCUAUCUAUGUAAUUCUCUUCAUUAUCUCACCUCCCUUCUCUUUUCAUGAAUUUGUCUGUUCAUAUCUAUCAAAUUCUGUUCAUUUUCUCUCUUUCCCCACCUCUCUCUCUCAAUCUAUCUGUUCAUUAUCUAUCUAUCUAUCUAAUUCUCUUCAUUAUCUCACCUUCCUCUCUCUCUCUUUAUCAGUCUAUCUCAGUCCGUUCAUAUCUAUCUAUCAAAUUCUGUCCAUUAUCUCUCUCUAUCAAUCUUUGUUCAUACCUAUCUACCUAUCUCAUUCUGUUCAUUAUCUCUCCUCCCCUCUCUCUCAAUCAAUUUAUCUCACUGUUUCUUUCUUUCUUUCUAUCUAUCUAUCUAUCUAUCUAUCUAUCUAUCUAUCUAUCUUUUCAACAGCAGCAAAAAAUUCCACUCUACUUCAAACAAAAUGUUAG